AGGUUGUUACGACGACAGGAAUGAAGGGCGUAUUGGUCAUGCCAUUAGCACCUUUGAAACAUUGGUAACCAUUACUGUUACAAGAAAGUGAGAGAAUUUUUCAGAAACGGAUCUUUGUGUUGGUUACCUGAUAUCGAUUACUAUAACCUAUAAUAGUGAAACAACAAAUUAAGGUCCCCCCAUCAAGUUGACUUUAAAAAAAAUCAUUGGAUGUUGCUGAAUGGUUUCCGGGUUAGGGGGGUUGUUUUGUAGGUAAAUCUGCAUGAAACUUUACUUCCAAAUAAUACUACAGUGGUGCAAUGGCUGUAUAUAUUAUGUUUCUUCUGUUAUUAACUGCGUUUGUGAUUGUUGGAUAUGGACAUGAUCCAAAUCAAGAGAGAAAGGCAAUUAAAAAAACACUUCAUACAGUCAAACUUCCUCCAUGCCAAGCCUGCAGGGUGUUUGUGGAUUCCUUCAAGAAGGAAAUGGAGAGAACAGCCCGUGGGAAGUUUGAAGGUGGUGAUGCAGCGUGGGAGGAAGAACGUCUUGGUAGCUACUCUCGUAGUGAAGUGCGUCUUGUAGAGAUUCAAGAAAAACUCUGUGCCGAUGUGGAAAGGGGCAAGGACCAAUGUCAUUCUUUGUCUGAAGAAACAGAACAGUAUAUUGAUGAAUGGUGGUUUCAAAGACAAGAUGAAGAUAUGUAUAAAUACCUCUGCAUUGACACGUUAAAGUACUGUUGUCCAGAUAAUCACUAUGGUGCUGACUGCAAACCAUGUCCCGGUUUCCCAAACAAUGUGUGCAACAAGAGUGGCAAAUGUAAGGGCGCAGGAACAAGAAAGGGAAAUGGUAAAUGCAGUUGUGACCCAGGAUAUGAAGGAGAGUUCUGCGAUUCUUGUGCUUCCACAUAUUACGAGUCAUAUCGAGACGAGGAGAAACUGCUCUGUUCUCCUUGUCAUGCUUCUUGUCAAGGAAUCUGCUCUCAGGCUGGGCCUAAAGGAUGUUCUGUGUGCAGUUCUGGCUGGUUUAUGGAUGCAGAGAAGGGAUGUCUGGAUGUAAAUGAGUGCUUCAUAACUCCAAGCAUCUGCAAGACGAAUGAAUUCUGUGUGAACAACGAUGGUUCAUAUACUUGUUUAGCGUGUGACAGGGCUUGUGAAAGCUGUCAAAGUGAUGGUCCAGACAUGUGUGACAAAUGUGCUGAGGGGUACACGCUGAAGGAUAAUGUGUGUGUGGAUGAACUUCAGCAUGGUCGUGAUUUUCGUGUCAAUAUGACACGUUAUCUUACUUAUGCAGGCUUGUGCAUUGCCACUUGUAUAAUUUUCCAGAAAAACACUUUAGUGGCAAGCCUUAUAGGUUUAUGUGUAGGCCUGUACAUUUCAAUAUCUGAAUAUUUCCUUAGCUCUUCGGAAAAGAGUUCUGACUUGAAUUCUGCAUUAGAUAUAGGCAAGUUAUUCAAUUCGUAGUGCAGAUUUGUAGCUGAUGUAUAAUUUAUGAAAAAACUUUCCCUCAUCUUUUUUGUUUCUCUUUUAUAAAGUGUGUAAACUACAUGUGGGCGGGCCAACAACUUUAAUUGCUUCUUGUUCUUCUUUUGUAAUUAGUUUUGUUAGUGGAGGAAUUAAUUUGUUUUCCAUUUACAACCCAUUUUUCAGUCUUCCACAAUUUGUGUGUUGCUCCAUACUUCAGAAAUCCAUUGAACAGAGUUCAGUUCAGAGAACAGAAGACAGUUACCUUCAUGCUUCACAUUAUGAGAAUCUGAAAUCUUACGUUUUAUUACUUUGUUUACAAUGGGUACAACAGUACCUAUCCUUAAGUCAUGUAUCAGGUCCACAUCCUUCCAUCAAGUUUCCUUAAGAUCAAUUUUAAUAUCAUCCUCCCAUCUUCAGGUUUCCUGACCAAAAUUUGUUAUGCAUUUGUUAUUUGCAUUUGUGGCUGAACAUAAUUUGUAUUUCUGAGGGAUUUUAUUUAGAGCUUUGUUCUGAUUGUUAUGGAGAAUCUUUAUGUAGUAAUUAAAGUAAAUAAAAAUAUAUAGAGAGCAAAGCAGAAGGUGUGGGCAGUUUGGGGUGGGGUGGGGGGGCUUUCUUAAAAUAUACCAGUUAUUUAUAGAUUUAUAUUAUGUAGGCAUAUUAUUUUAUUCCUUCUGUUUUAAUGUAAUUCUUUCCCUGGAUGUUUUACUAUUUACACGUGCCAUAAUUAAAGUGUGAGAACAGGUAAGACAAAUGUGUGAACCAGUACACACAUAUUUGGAAUUAAUGAAACAGUUUGUGAGCAGCUUGAUAGCAAACAGCACGUUCUCUUGACACCACACUAGAGACAUGUCAGCUAGCAUAGAUUAUUCUGAAAAUGAUUGCAAGUCGUAAUACCGUCUGUGGCAUAUGCUGGUUCAGUAGUAGAUUGUCAAGUGGAAAUGGCCUGUUCCAACUGAUUGGCAAGAGUGAACAAGUUAUGGAAAUCUGGAAGAAUUGUAUUAUGCUGUAGAAGAAAACAUUUAUAUCCAGAUAAUUAGGAUUGUGAUUUCUGUAGUGGCAGACAGCAGUCCAUGAAGUAAUCAAUUGUAAUAGUGUGAAAUAAGUCUGUCUUGUGUUUUUAAACAAUUAACCCACUGUGUAAUCACCAGCUGCACCUCAGUAUUUUAUGACAAAAACACUGUAAUUAUUUUUGUCAUCACAUCCAGACCAGCUCUAGUGCCCACCCAGCCUCUUACUCAGUAGCUGACCACCCACGCACAUUUAGUACUGAGGAUAAGAAUGUAUGGAGCUGUACCUCCACUCCCCUGUAUAUCUCCAUGGCUUAAUUAAGCACUGGGACAACUCUACCUUUACCAUUACUAAUUUUACAAAUAUUUGAGGACCCAUUUCAAUGACAUGUUGACUUCAGUGUUGUAUACAGUAAAUGUGUUAUUCAGUUAUAAAUUAUAGUGGAACAGACUUCAUUGUUGGCAAAUUUUGAAGGUUCUGAAAUAUGGCUAUGAUAGUGAAUUUAAUAAUUCUGGGAAUGUCUGUCUCUUGGAUUUGGCAGGGGACAGAUUAAUGAUGAUAAAAAGGGUAACAAUUGUACUUAUUCUCUCUGUACAUAUUUAUAUUCAAUGCUUGUAUUUUAUAUUAUCUACUUCAUAUUUAUUUUUAAUUUUGUAACAGGGAACCUGAUAGUCUAAGAGUGAGGUCCAUAGGUUUUAAAUUGGCAGAAUCAAUUAUAGUUGCAAAUAUGUGUGCCAUGUUGAGAUUCAUAAAUGUGAAGAAUGCCAUGCCUCCGCUGUUCAUAAUUUUCAUUAAGCUGUAAUCACCCUUUGAAAGCCAUAAUUUUCAGCAUCUCCCUGUAAUUAGACCAAGAUUGUAAAGAGAAAUAAUGUAGCACAAUUGGUGAUUUGAGUGUGAAGUGAGAAAUAAUGGUAUGGCUUAUGUUGUAUUACUCCAUCUGUGAUUCAGACCUUGGAUGUCUUAUAAUAUGGUUUAGGAGUGCUUGCCAAUGCCAAGUAUUUGGCUGUGAUAUCUGCAGAAAGUAACUAGUAUUUAAUUAGGCAUUACAAUAGUAUAUAGUUCUUAAUAUGUUUAUGAACUAGAGUAUUUUUUGGUUGUAGUGUGCAAUAAAAUGCAGAAUAUUUAUAUUAAA